AUGCCACCGCGCGACACGUCCUCCUGGCAGCGGGUGCGGCCAGAACUGAUCCCCCGCGCCCCCAAACCCCUCGAGACGCACGAUCGCACCCCAGCCCUAGGCUCAGGCGGCCUCCCCCAGGCGAUGAGCCGCAGCCUUAGGCGUCGACCUAGGCGUGACCGCGCUUCUACGGCCUGUGAGACGUGCCGCAUCAAGAAGGUCAAAUGCAACGAAGGCCGGCCGGUGUGUGCCUUCUGCCAGAAGCAUGGCAUCCGAUGCGUCUAUUCUCAGUCCACCACUGUCAGGCCAGCCUCAACCCCGACUGCGUCCCUCUUGCUGGAGCGCAUCGCGGCCCUCGAAAACCGAGUUGACUCUCUCGCGAGUCAAAGGACGUGUCCAGUCUCUACCACUGGCAGUCCUCACGAUCCUGAUCCCUCUUUCUACUCGGCCCUGUCCAGCUCAACCACAGCCACCUCGUUGGGCGUGUUGCCUCAGGAGCCGCUCUCGACCCCGUUCACACUUGAGGCCGCCUCUGCCGAAGAUCACCACAGCAUUGUUCCCCCUGACAAUGGACUUGUCGGCAUCGAGACGUUUUCAUAUGGCGUGGCUGACCACCGGGGUCGAUCAAGUGUCGAGCCCGAGUCAGGACAUGUGGGUGAAGGUGAUAUUGACCCGGCUGCAAUUCAUGCCCUCGUCGACCAAUUUCUGGACCUCGUGUGCCCGCUCUUCCCCAUCAUUUGCGACGUGGUCUUGUGCGAGAUCACUUCGACAGUGGCGGCCAAUGGGUUCACCGAUGACCUCCCCUCGUGCAUGACCCUUCUCGUCAUGUCGCUGGCAAAGGCGUACGCUACACCCCACAUCACGGUAGAAGAUUUGGCCAUCUUCGUCAAGGCAGUGCAGCUUUUGAGCGUCUUGCCGCUUCAAUUGACAUUGGAGUUCGCCCAAAGUCAGGUUCUGUGCGCGCUCUUCCUCCUGAAGAGGCACCAGCUUCUCGACUGCUGGCACUGGCUCCACGACGGCUGCAACACGCUGUAUGCCAUGAUCAAACAGGACGAGGCACGGAAGAUGUCGAGGCCGCCCGACGAGAAGAACACCAUUCUUCGCAUGUACUGGAUCUGCUUCAACUUGGAUCGAGACGUCACAAGCGAACUCGAGAUUCUUCCUCGGAGCCACCUGGGCGAGCUGGAGAACCACCUGCCUCUUCCCAUUGGGUGUGACGAGUCCUCGUUGAGCCACCUGCAGAAGCACGCCCGCAUUAUCUACAUGUUCUUCCUCGCCGAGACAUCGCUCAAGGCCAUCCUGGCGCGCAUUAUGUCCAUGUCCGCGUCAUGUGAGGCCAAGUUCCCUCAGGAGACUCGAGCCGCCAUGCUGGCCACGUCGCCCAUUGUGCUGGAGCUCAAGAACCAACUGGUCAUCUGGGAGCACAACCUGCCCCUGUCCCUGGGCUGGUCGUGCGACCCCGUCAGGGAUGCCAGUGCCGGCUCGGCCCUCGCCACGCGGCUGAGGCUGGUUUAUUGGUUGGCACGGUUCCAUCUAGCCAGACCGCUGGUCGUGCACAUGAUGGACAAUCUCGGAUCUCAAUUCAGCCUUGAGGUGUGGACCGCGCUGACCGCCGGCUUGUCGGCCGGAUACACGCUGCUGAGAGUGUUGUGGUGGGAAGAAAAGCACAUUGACACCAUCACCGUGAUGGGCAAGAGGUAA